CGUUCGGUAGAUCGUCGAAACCAACAAUGCCGCUCCUUUCAUACAUCCACGCCGCCCUCCGCCGCCGCAUGGGCUUUUCCGGCGUCGCUCUCACUCAUCUUCCACCGCCUUUCUUCUCGGCAGUGUUCCUGCUCUUCUUCUCUCCCAUGGCCGUCCUCUCCGGCCCGGUUUCCGUCUCCUCCAUCAGCCCCAACUUCACCGCUUCUUACUACAGCUUCAUCGACAGCUCCGGCGCGUUCCUGUCUUCACCCGACACCACUUUCCAGGCCCGAAUCUCCUCCAUCAACUCUGAUUCCAAAUCCUUCUACUUCGUCGUCGUCCACGUUCCCUCCAACGCCGUCAUCUGGUCGGCCAAUCGGAAUUCUCCCAUCUCGCAAUCCUCGGAGCUUCGAUUCUCGAACUACGGCCUCGCUUUAUACGACGAUUCCGGCAGCCCGCCGCCGGUUUGGUCAACGCCGGAGAACAUCUCCGCCGCCGCAUCUCUCCGCCUUCUGGAAUCGGGAAAUUUAGCCCUACUCGACUCCGCCAAUGUUUCUCUGUGGCAAAGCUUCGAUCAUCCAACGGACGUGAUUGUUCCAGGCCAGAAUCUAACGGUUGGGAAGCCCCUGAUUUCUUCCUCAACUGAUAGCAAUUUUUCCGAAGGUAAUUACCGAUUGGUACUUUCCGACGACGACGCGAUGCUGCAAUGGAAAGGGAUGACUUAUUGGAAGAUGUCGAUGGACCCUCGAGCUUUCCGGCACACGGCCGCCGCCACCGUCGAAUACAUGAUGAUGAACACUAGCGGUGUCUAUUUGAUGGGGAAGAAUGGCAUUAAUCAUCUUGAUGCUAUAGUCAUCAUUAGUAUCGAAUUCAACGAUUCUUCCGGCGACGAUUCGAUGAGCUUUCGAACAAUAAAGCUCGAUCACAACGGCGCGGUCGACAUUGUCAAAACAAGCGCGAAGUACGCGUCGAAUGUGCGAGAAUUCACGAGCCCCGUCGACUCGUGUCGAACACCGUAUAUAUGUGGGAGCCUCGGCGUUUGUUCUAAUGGAGGUUAUUGUCGAUGCGCACUGUCGUUCCAUCCGGGAACGAGCAACAGCGAAUGUGUGCCGGCGGAAGGUUCUAAUUUGGCGAUGGAAGGUUCUUGCAAUAGCUCGAUUAUGUCGUCGAUCAAUUAUUUGAGCCUUAGGGAGGAUUUGGACUACGUCUUGAACGAUUUCGUCGAUCCAACGAUGGUUAAUGCGAAUCUCUCGACUUGCCAAAGGUCGUGCUCGACGAAUUGCUCUUGCAUGGGUGUGUUCUACGUUCGAAACUCGGGGUCGUGUUAUUUCGUCACGGAUAGUUUUGGUUCGCUCGUGAUCAAGUCAAGUUCGACGAGCGACGGGAGCCGUAUGGGCUAUGUUAAAGUCGUUAAUAACAACGUCGUUUCGAGUGAGAAAUUGCGAAAGUUCCCUAUCUUGGUUGUGGCCUUAUUGUUGCCACUCUUAGCUAUAGUCGCAGUGAUAUCGGUGGCGAGUUUGAUUUGGUUUAGGAGGGCGAAAACCUCGAAAAUUGAUCGAGGAUACGCUUCGCCGUUGUCAUUCGAAAACGGAGAUGAACUCUUCGAUUCGAUCCCAGGAUUGCCCGUGGCGUUCGACUACAACAACCUUUUCACGGCGACGAAAGGCUUCGCUACUAAAAUUGGCGCCGGCGGGUUCGGGAGCGUGUACAAAGGCACGCUCCCGGACGGGACCGACGUUGCCGUGAAAAAGAUCACUUGCUUAGGAUCCCAAGGGAAGAGGGAGUUCCUAAGCGAGAUCGCCGCUAUCGGAAAAGUUCAUCAUGUGAAUUUAGUUAGGCUAAAAGGCUUUUGCGCCGAAAACGGGCAAAGGCUUCUGGUGUACGAGUUUAUGAACCGGGGCUCGAUCGACCGCACCUUAUUCGAGGGCGGUGAUUGCGUCCUCGGGUGGGACGAGAGGUUCGGGAUUGCACUUGGCGCGGCGAGAGGGCUUGCGUACUUGCACUCGGGGUGCGAGUACACCAUAAUUCACUGCGAUAUCAAACCGGAAAAUAUUCUCGUCGACGACAAGUUGCAUGUUAAGAUAUCCGACUUCGGGCUAUCGAAGCUCGUUGGCCCUGACGAGUCGGGGAUUUUUACGACGAUGCGCGGCACCCGGGGGUAUUUGGCGCCGGAGUGGCUCACCGGCGCGUCGAUUUCCGACAAGACGGACGUGUACAGCUAUGGAAUGAUGCUGUUCGAACUUGUAAGUGGCAAGAAGAACUCCUCCUUGCAACACCGGAGCGGUUCGGGGGACGGACCGGGCGGGUCGAACCGGGCGGUUUACUUCCCGCUGCUGGCCCUGGAAAUGCAUGAGGAGAAACGGUACGUGGAGCUGGUGGACCGGCGGUUGGGGGGGAGGGUGGGGGUGGAGGGGGUGGAGAAGGUGGUUAGGGUGGCGCUGUGGUGCGUGCAGGAAGAGCCGAGGCGGCGGCCGUCUAUGGCGAAUGUGGUGGGGAUGCUGGAAGGCGGGGUGGCGGUGGCGGAGCCGGAGGUGGAGGGGCUGAACUUCUUGAGGUUUUAUGGCCGGAGAUUGGCGGAGGCCGGCGGCGAAGAGGUGGCGUUCUAUGAACAACCUGAAAGUGGGUUUAACAGAUCGUAUGAUUCUUUGUCGUCGUACAUGUCGGAUGGAAUCUCCGGGGCCAGAUAGGACCUGCUAAAGGCAGUUCCAUCUUAAUGUAAAUAAAUCAUAUCACAAAUACUUAUAUUCAGUCGCCGACGGAAGUAGUAUAUUA